ACAGGGAGCAAGGGGGCGGCUCCCGGACAGUGUGAUUGAUAGAAAGCGCUGCGCCGUCCGUGAUAUUUGCCCGGUACCCCCGGGAGCGGACGGGGAGACGGCGCUGGGGUUGGGCAAAUGAGUGGUUCGGGGCUGCUACGGGUGCCGGUGCCCGAGGGGGCAGGGCUGGAGGAAGGGGGAGAGGACGAAGAGGGGGAAGAGGAAGAGGAAGAGGAUGAAUUUAAAGUGCACCUGAUUCUCAGGUCCUCACCAACUCCGAGGAGGAGAGACAGGAGCUGUGAUGAGGCAGAGGAGCCCUCCCUGGGCCGUAAGGUCCGCUUUGCAGACACCUGUGGGCUGGACCUGGUGCACCUGCAGUACUAUAGCCAAUUCGAACCUCUGGAGCCCCUGGGGCCAGAGGGUGAGGAAGGAGUGGAGCACCGGUUCAGCAUCCACCCAGACUUCGCCCUGCCCUCCUCACACUGCCAACUGCUGGAGCGGGUGGAGGAGUAUGGUGUGGAGUUGGAGUCCAUCCAGCCGUUAGUCGACCCGCUGUCAGUGCGUGGGCUGAUCCGGGUGCUGAACCUGGCCUUCCAGAAGACGGUGCAGGUGAGGGCCACCCUGGACGACUGGGCUACCUUCUAUGACCACCCGGCUGAGUAUGUGGAGACGGCGGCAGAUGGCCACACCGACCUCUUCGCCUUCGUCCUGUCCAUCCCCUGGUCCUGUGCCCACCCUGAGGCCAGGCUGGACUUCGUGGUGCGCUACCAGACCCCUGGCAAUGUCUACUGGGCCAAUAAUGGGGGUGCCAACUACUCAUUGGUGUGCAAGGUCACGGGGGUUGAGGAUGAGGGGCCUGCUUGUACCACCAGCCAGGAGGGCAGGGGCCUACGCAGCUGCCUGAAGACUGCUUCGCUCAGGUACAGAGAGCGGGAUGAGGACCCAGAGGAGCUGAACGCAGGGAAUCAUGACUGGACCAAUGACUCUGAGACGGCCAACCCCACUCCUCCCGGGAACACUGCCCUACAGAUUCCUAGGGUACAGGUCAGCCAGCUCCUGACACAGCCCCUCCUGGAUGGAACAACGGAGAGCGUCCCCCUGCCCAACACCUUUGCCCCUGCCGAAGAGGAGCUGGAGGUGGGGCACAGACCCCCAGCCAAGCAGCCUGACCCCCAGGGGCCAACCAGCGAGCCACAGGGCGGUGGGGCAGACAUCCCAGGAGAGCAGAAGGACAGCAGCAAUGGCAGUGGUCUCCCCGGAGCUGAGGAGCAGUCCCCGAUUGGGGUCCCGGAAACUCCGCCCCACUCUCCCCCUGCAGGAACAGACUGUGACAGAGGGGAGUGGCUGGGAGAGUGGAGGAACAGCGGUGACAAUGGCAGUGAUCUCCUUGCAGCCGAAGGGUGGGUUCAAAUGGGAGUCCCAGAACCCCCACCCUCCUCUCCCCUCGAGGGAGUAAGCUGUGGUGGAGGGGAGUGGUCGGGAGAGGAAGCAGGGAGCCAUUCGGAAGCAGGAAGUGAACCCUCUGCCCCCUCCCCUCCUCCCUCUGCCCCCUCCUCUCCUCCCUCUGCCCCCUCCUCUCCUCCCUCUGUCCCCUCCUCUCCUCCCACUGUCCCCUCCUCUCCUCCCACUGUCCCCUCGCUUCCUCCCUCUGCCCCCUCCCCUCCUCCCUCUGCCUCCUCCCCUCCUCCCUCUGCCCCCUCACAUCCUCCCUCUGCCCCCUCACAUCCUCCCUCUGCCCCCUCACAUCCUCCCUCUGCCCCCUCCCCUCCUCCCUCUGCCCCCUCACUUCCUCCCUCUGCCCCCUCACUUCCUCCCUCUGCCCCCUUCCCUCCUCCUGCCCCCUCCCCUCCUCCUGCCCCCUCCCCUCCUCCCUCUGCCCCCUCACCUCCUCCCUCUGGCCCCUCACCUCCUCCCUCUGGCCCCUCCCCUCCUCCCACUCCCCGUUCCCUCCCUCUCUUUCCUCCUCCUCUGCAGCUAGAAGGUAUGGCCCAGGAAGAGGAGCGUCCCGAGGGGGAGGGAGAAGCAGGGAGCGGCCAGCAGGAGGCCAGAGUCAGGGAGGGCAUGUCCAGGGAGCAGGGCUGUCCUGAGGGUGAAGGUGAUAUGGCAGGACAGCCAGAGGCUGGAGCUGGGGAGCAGCCUGACCUGGAGUCCCUGGCGGCCCUGAAGGAAGUGGCUGCUCUGGCCUCCCGCUCUCUCCAGGUACUGAUCUUCCUGAGGGUGGCCGUGGACAGUGCAGGCUCCCUGCUCUGUUGCACCCUUUAUCUACUCUCCACCUUCCUGCCCUAGGACCACCACCUCCCGGCACUGUGAUACAGAUCACCUCCAGAGCACGUGUCUCUCCCUCCCCUCUCAACCCCAGCUCUCCCUCCCUCUUAACCCCAUCUUUCCCUCUUUUCACUCCCUCACCCACCCCUCCCAGUCCUGCCCCAAUCUCCCUCCUCUCUCCCUCCCCCUUACACCCCCUCUCUCUCAUAACCCCUCGCACCCCUCUCUCUCCCUCCCCCUUCCCUACCUCCCUCACUCCACUCACCUUCUCCCUUCCCUCUCUUCUGUCUCCCCCCCCCUCCACCUUACUCCUCCCAAUUCAGUGCCUUUUGGAAGCCUGCGAAGACUCCUUCCACCCCACAAAAUGCUGAUCCCCGUUACACAGUCCCUCCCCCCUCUCUGAUCUCUUCUUUAACCGUAGAGUCACCAACCCCUUCCAUUUUCUUCCCAAAGUCCCAUCCAUGGGUUUUUCACCAUGAAUGUGGACAACAAGAAACACAGUUCAAAUCCCGCUCCGGACAAACAAUGGGGAUAGGGACCCUCUCACUGGAGAUGCCCCUUCCCCAGACUUAUUAGUAUUUAGGUAGGGAAGGGGGGGGUUUGUUGGGGGAUCCAUCAGCCUUGCUAAUAUCCCCUGCCACCUUUCUCUGGUUUGGGUCUUGAGACGCAUCUGCCAGCUCCCACCCCAGCCCUCUUUAACUCAUUCUCACCAAAGCUUGGGUCCCCUUCUGCUGCGGAAGCAGGGAGAGGCUGCUCCCGUUUCCCCACCACGGUCUUGAGGGCAGUCAGGCAGGCUCCUAUAGGGAGAGCGCUUGGAGAGCUGGACGGAAAGGGAGGGUUGCUGAUGACUAUGAGAGGGGUGGAUGGGGAGACCAGCGUAUAAAUCCCCUGCACUCCAGUCAGCACAGCAUUGGCCUCAACACUACCCCGCCCUCAGCAGACCCCAAAUAUUUUCACGCCAGCCCACUGUGUGUGUUAAUGUGUGUGUAUAUACUGUAUGUGUGUGUGUGAGUGUGUGUCCCAUGAAACCUGUACCAUUUUAACCAAAGGUAAAUAAAGUGUUGGCAGGUAAUCUGGUGUCCUGGCUGUUUGUCACCACCUCGUCUGCUCUUGAUCAACCCCCGCACUUCCCUGUGUCACAUUUUCCUUCAACACUGUCCAGACUCGUAAUCUCUGGUUCACUCAACCAUUGAACCUUUCACUGUGUCCGAUCCCUGUCCACACACCGUUAAAUGUAAUGUACCAAGCAGGAGCUUUCACUGCGCAGUCACCCCAGGGUUUGGCGGGGGUGAAAUCAGCUAAUGUUCCUGUACCCCAUCACUUCCCAGUAACCCUUGUUAGAGAGAGAGGAGGGGGAUCAGCCAGUGUUCCUGCUCCCCAUCACAGUCCAGUGACGCUGGGGUUUGAGAGAGGUGGGGAGGAAUUAACCAGGUUUCUUGCUCCCCAUCAUUGCCCAGUGUCCCUGGGGUUAGAGAGAGAGGGGAACUUAGCCAGGGACUUUACUCCCCAUCACUGCCUAGGUACCCCAGUGUGGUGGGGGGGGGGCGGAAUUAGCCAGGAUUUUUUGUUCUUCAUCUUUGUCCAGUGACCUGGGGUUAGAGAGAGGAGGGUAUUUGCCAGGGUUCCUGCUCCUCAUCACUGUCUAAUGACCCUGGGGUUAGAAAGUGUUUAUUUUCUACAAUGGUCAGGUGAUGGAUGAUCAUAUGAGCAGCCGGUGCAUAUCACAAGUCCUAGUUAUGUGACUACUGACACCAAGCAGACGAUCUCUGAAGAGCAGUGUAUUGAUAAUGGCUGGAGUCACCUGUCUUGUAAAGACACUGUUUCAGAAGAAGGCAAUGGCAAACCACUUAUGUAAGAAAAAAUUGCCAAGAACAAUCAUGGUGAUGGAAAGACCAUGCUAGCCCACGACAAUACAUAAUGAUAAUGUCACACCACACAGCACACAAUGACAAAGAUGACGCAAAGUGAGCAAUAGUGGGCUUUGGAUUACCGGGUCACUUAGUGUGUUGGGUGAAGUGGGACUGUACAGGCUGAGCCAGAAUGGGUCUGGCAUCCAUAUUUGCUUGUGUUUUUGGGAGGAAUACAAGUGUGCAUGUACCGUUGGGGAUCAGGGUAGAGUCAAAUAUAGAAAGAAAAGGGUGAGCUAGGGGUUUUCUCUUUGGAGUGAAGGAGAAUCAGAGCUGACUUGAUAAAGAUGUAUAAGAUAAUAGGAGACCUCGGAGUGGAUAGCCAGAGGCUUUUCCCAGGGAAAAUGGUUAAUAUGUGGGGGCAUAAUUUUAAGGUGAUUGGAGGAAAGUAUAAGGCAAUUGUGAGAGGUAAGUUUUUCACAUGGGGAGUGGUGGAUGUGUGGUACACAACGCCAGAGGCAUUGGAUUUAAAAUGUUGAACUCGAGUGGGUCAAGGACGGUGGAAGCAGACAGAUCAAUUGUCUUUGUUCCUGCCAUGGAGGCUACCAUUUUGUGGAACUGUUUUACAUCCUCCAUCUUGUGAGAUGGAGUUGCUUUGCUUUCUAUGUUUUACAGUAGGCACAAUGAUGUUUCAAUUAAUCUGCUGGACUAGAGAUCAUUUCCAAAUAAGGAGUUAUUUGUGAGGUGCUCUUUGGUAUAACAUAACAUGCAGAUUUGUGAACGUUGGGGUUGGUGUCUGCUUGAAGUGAUUGGAGCUGAUUACGGAAGAGAACAAAGAGCCAUAAAUUACCCAUUGUCACUUCCUGGGAAGAGGGUGAUAAAUGGAUGCCGACCUGGAGCAGAGCCAAUAAAAAGGUGUUAAAGGUCAGACACAACCUACAGCCAAUGACACUGGAAUGCAAUAUUUGAACUGGUAAGGAGCAAGUAUAAAAGUGAGCAUUUCGAGUGUGCUAUCGGCAAUAACUCUGUUAAGAGACCCACAAUCACAAGAAAGAACCCCCAUGACAGGGGCUGGUCAUAGAAAGGAUCGAGGCCAGUGGAGAUCCCCUAUUUUGGUUUUAUGAAUUGGAAAAAGUGGUCUCAGUGGGUAUUGAUACAGAGGGAACAGUAGAGUUCAUGUUCUAAGCUGUUGGCCCAGGGUCAACAUAGUUACGUUGUUUGUACAGAAACAAUAAAGUGUGAGCUCCAACCAACUAUGAGU